GGUUGCCCGGAUGUGCCUCUCGCUCCAGCAGCGGCCGAGGCUCGGUCAGCACCGGGGGCAGCGUAGCGGAUGGAGCCAACAUGGCGGCCCCGGCGGCCCUGAGGAGAGAUAACACAAAGUGGACUAGAGACUUCGUAUGUUCACAUUUGGCCCUGUGUGCCCCGCCAGCUGUGCAGGAUUGGAUCUAAACGUGGCAAAGAGGGAGCCUCAAGGAAACAAGAAGACAUAAGCGCCCGAGUUUUAGGAGCCCCCUCAAUUUCGGCGGAAACUGGGUGGCCCAAACCAGGCCCGGCCGUGGCGCGAUAUGAACACCUUGAAGCGGAGCUGCGCGCAGGCGUGGCCGGAGGAGGAGGGCGACCGGGAGCAUGGCCUCUACAGUUUGCACCGCAUGUUCGACAUCGUGGGCACCCACCUGACCCACCGCGACGUCCGGGUGCUGUCUUUCCUCUUUGUGGACGUCAUCGACGACUACGAAAGGGGGAUGAUUCGCAGCGGCCGGGACUUCCUCCUGGCGCUGGAGAGGCAGGGCCGCUGCGAUGAGACCAACUUCCGCCAGGUGCUACAGCUGCUGAGGAUCAUCACCCGCCAUGACUUGCUGCCCUAUGUCACUUUGAAGAGGAGGAAGGCUGUGUGUCCGGAUCUCGUAGACAAGUACCUAGAAGAGACUUCCAUUCGCUACGUGACGCCGCGAGCCCACAGCAGCCCAGAGCACGUACCGGCCCACCAACCCAAAUCCGUGCCUCCCCACCAUCCGCUGGUCUGCUGCUCCUCUUCGGGACCCCAGAUCUGUACCAAGCGAUCGGGCAGGAAAAGAGCCUUCCUCAGUAACCAGCAGAAAAGGAGGAAGUCGGUGACGCCAGAUCCAAAAGACAAACAGACGUGCGACAUCCGCCUCCGAGUCCGAGCGGAGUAUUGUCAGCACGAGACGGCUCUGGAGGGCAACGUCUUCUCCAACAAGCAGGACCCGCUGGAGCGCCAGUUUGAGCGCUUUAGCCAGGCCAACACCAUCUUGAAAUCCCGGGACCUGGGCUCCAUCAUCUGUGACAUAAAGUUCUCCGAGCUGACUUACCUCGACGCCUUCUGGCGCGACUACAUCAACGGCUCGCUGCUGGAGGCCCUGAAGGGGGUCUUCAUCACGGACUCCCUCAAGCAAGCGGUGGGCCACGAGGCCAUCAAGCUCCUGGUCAACGUGGAUGAAGAAGAUUAUGAGGUGGGCCGCCAGAAACUCCUGCGGAACUUGAUGCUCCAGACGGCACCUUGAACCCUGCCUGUUGUUGUUUCCUGCCCCCUCCUCCGGCUCUCCUUUGGAUGGAUUUUUUUUUCCUUUAAAAAAAGAGAGAGAGGAAAAAAUGUCUCAAAGGAAUGAAACCUCGAGCUCCUGCCCAUGUACUGAGUAACUGUAAGACCUGCUUCAAUGUGAGGAUCCAGUGCUGCAGUUGGUUUUUCUUUCUCUGCCCGUUGGGAACUGAAACAGGAGACAGGGAGAAUUCCAAGGGUCCUGUGGCCUGUGGCCCCCACUGGCCAGGUAGACUGAGGGCCCCGUCGGUCAGCGCAGCGUCUUGGCUCCCCAACACGCUGCUCUUUGGCACCUGUCGCCCUUCCGGACCAUUUCCUCUCUUGUGCUGUUGACUUCUUUCUUUCCUUCUCUCUUUCUUUUAUUAUUUUUUUUAAAAAACUGUUUCCAAAAAUUAGGCUGUCCUGUGGUGCGCUGUUGCCCAAAAAAGGUCUAGACAGGUGUGGCGGGGUCCAGAAGGCGAGACAUAACUUAUCCCUUUAUAUUAAAAAAGAAAGAAAGAAAAAAGCAAACCUAAACGUCCCUGUUCUUGUGACGGGAAACAUCUUGUGCCAGUAUUUUUUUUUUCUCCGAAGCUGUGAGUUUGUGGGUGGGUGAGGAGCUUGGGGGUCUCGGGGCGGAGACGGGGAAGCGCGGCUGCACCUCAGCCAGGCCCCCACCCCACUGUGUAGCGAUGUCCUUGAAGCUGCUCUAGAUCCAGCCGGUUGGAUUUUGGAGCUGUUAUGCAAUUGAGUUGGGUUGGGGUUAGGGUGUGGAUGGAAGCCCCCCACCCCAACCUGGAGCACCUUGAGGUCCGAGCGUGAGGGAUGCAGAGACAUGUUAGCCUUGGCUGCUGCUGCUCUCAGAUCUGCUUCUGGGAGAUGGUUCCCGAGUGAGUGAGAGAGGUGUGCUUUUGGGGGGCUUCUGAGCCCACCUAGCUACGCUGAACUGAAAAUGGCCCUCAGGUGCUUUCCCUUGCCACGCCCCCCCCACCAGACUGCAUCCUGAGUGGAGAGAGCUGCCAGACCCCACCCCCCUCUGAUCCACUGUGUGUGCCUUUCCCUCAACUGACGGUCGAGGGAGCGUCUGCCUCCAAAGAUGACAGAGAAAGGAAUACUCCUUGGGGUCUCCUCUCUCCUCUCUGAGACUGCAGUAAGCCCAUGGGUGGCCCCAUCCACCUGGAGAGGCUGUUGUUGUUGGUCGUCUGUGUGUGUGUGUUAGGGCUGUACCAUGUAUGGAUGGUCAUGGGAGAUCAGUCUACAAACUUCACCCCUGCUCUGUGUGUGACCAAGACUUUGGAUCCUCUCCGUUCUUCCUCGCUCGCUGGAUGGUUUUGUUCUUUCCGAGGUCAUAUUCUUCCAUUUCUGGACCUGAGAUUAGUUCUAGGCUGCCCUCCCAACUCCCCGAAGGCUCCAAAACAAAAGUUCCUCCAGAAAGCCUGCUUUGCAAAAAACACAAGGGGGGCGCGAGAGAGCUGAAUCGGAUCUUGCGUUUGUUCCAGUGGUGCUGAGCAUCACGGCGGUCGCCUCCAACUUGGUGUCUUGCUUUUAAAGAUGCCGUUUUGAAGAAGCUUUUUGGAGCUGCUGGAGCCAGCUUCAGGCUGGAUGUUCCCAGCGCAGGGGUGAAAGCAGAGCCCUGGUGGCUCAUGGGAAGGGUGCAAAACCGCCGGGUUAACAUUUUGAUAACCCUGCGACAGGAGAUGGGGCUGCCCCUCUGGACCACCCCCCUUCUCCCCCCAAAAAACCCUACCCUUAGGGCCUCGUGCUGCUGAAGCUAGAAUCCAUUGGCUGCCUGCUCCAAGAGGCUUUUGGAUUUCCUUGGGCCCCAUUCGUGGGAAAGUACCGAUGCUUUAUUAAAAACGAACACAACAAGUGGGCGGGGAGAGAGCGUUCAGGUAUCCAAACCAAUCUUUGCAAGAGAUUGGGUUUUUCUUUCUGUUAAGAAAUCAGCCCUGCUCCCGAGCAUAUCUUCCUGUUGGGUGCUUCUGUUUGAGGAUGUUCAAGAACAGGAAGGCCUCAGCAGGCCGCCGCCUUGCACCUACUUUUUUUUUGGGGGGGGGGCUUCCUCCAUCCAACUGUGUCCCCCUUUGGGCAGGAUCUUUUGCUAGCCAACGGGCCUAUUAGUUUUUGCACUCGAUCCGUAUGAAUUUGUUUUAUGGUUCUUCUUUUCUCUCUCCCCACAAUACCUUGUUUUCUGUGGAUUUCUAGAAAAAGCAAAAAAAGCAACCCAAAAGGUGUUGUUGUUUUAAAGCUUAAUACUAAAUCUGCAAAAUCUACCCAACAGAGGUUUUGGCUGAGCCACAUUCAUGCGUUGUGAGCAUUCAGAUGUGUAGCUCCGCUUUCCCCAGCCUAGAGCCCUCCAGAUGUGUUGGGGCUAUAGCCCCUAUCAUCCCCAGCCAGCAUGGUCCACUGUUUGGGGAUGAUAGGAGCUGUAACCGAACACAGCUGGAAGGAACCGAGCUGGGCAGGCGGAUGUGCUCCAGGUGCAGCCUCAAGUGGUGGCAGCCCCCAGAAAGCCGUGUCACUGGACUCUGCUGACUGCAAACGCCGAGCCCCUUGAAGCUCCCAACGAACCGCUGCCUGAUUCGGUCAGAACGUUCCACUCGGCGCGUGAGUGUCCAAAGCCUUUCAAUGCUGUGCAGAGGGUCUCAGCAAAGUAUGCAAAAGUCCCGCCCCUUUGCGCACCCACACAAACAGUCACUCCCUGUUAUUUCAAGGCAAUUCUGGCACAAAUUUGUGUAAAAUCUGUGACUUCUGUAUUUUUUUAAAAAAAGUAACUGCCAGUGUAACUGGUCAUGAUCCCAGUGUAGCUUUGUUUUCCUCCGAGAAAAAAACAAAAAAAUAAUAAUUAAAAAAAAAACUUCUGUUUUGUAUCGUUGCUGC